AUGCUCCGCGCACUCUCAACCCUGCGCCCAAUCGCGCGUACCAGCACGCGCUCUCUCGCAGCAAAACGCACCUUCAUCUCCACCUCGCGUGUCCUCGCCUCCAAAGACGUUGCACACCACGACGAACAUCACGCACCGGCACCUCCACAGCUCUACGGCCCAGACAAUACCCCACCAGAUGCGAUUCCAACGGACGAGCAACAGGCGACUGGUAUCGAGCGGUUCCAGCUUCUCGGGAGGAUGGAAGGUGUCGACGUGUUUGAUAUGCAUCCGCUUGAUUCCAGUCGGCUGGGAACUAUGAAGGACCCGAUUAAGGUUGCUACUAUGUUCCCUGAACGCCUGAUCGGAUGCACAGGCUCUCCAGCAGACUCGCAUGAAGUCGUCUGGCUUGAUGCGAACAUCACCAGAGACAGGCAUCGUUGCCCAGAAUGCGGUUCUGGUACGCUACUUUUUUCUUACUACUCACCGUCCAUCUUUCUUUUCUUUUAUCAAAUCGCUGACUUUUCAUCUGCUAGUUUACACCCUGGACUUCCAAGGCGACGCAGCUGCAGCGCACGCUCACUAAGUAGUUGUGCCAAAUUCGCGUAG